AUGGGAAAUGAAGCAUCUGGUGAUGAGGGUUUGAAGACAAACAAUCUGUCCCUAUACCCUGUCAAACAUAAUAGUUCGGGUGAGGGUUUACCUUAUGCUCCAGUAGAUUGGCCGAAUCCCGGUGAUACUUGGUAUUGGUGGGUUGGCAACAGGACCUCUCGUUCUGGUUUCUAUAGAGACAGAUUGUUAUAUCUUCCAAAGCGCCUCCAUGGCCAGGGCUGUAAUUCUCGCUUUGCGAGCAAGUGUUCUCUUGAACACUAUAUCUCUUUGCAGUUUCCCAACGCAGAUGUCAAUGAGUUCUUUGCUUCUUUUAGCUGGAUGGUUCCCUCUACGAGGCAUUACUCAAGGAAAGAGAAAAUCCUGAUUGUUCAUUUGCCAGUUUUGAUGGAAAACCUGUUUGCUACAUUCUCAGAGGUACCAAUGGAUGAAAUUGUAUCCAAGCGGAGAGAAGGAGCCCCCUGUAGUUCCAAGAGGAUAAAAAAAGCAGGACCAGCUACUUCACAAGCCUUCCCUAGGCACAAAACCCGACAAUCUUUCAAAAUGCCAGCUCAAGCCAACAUUAGAAAUGAUGAGUCUGUGAUUGACUUGUGUACUCUGGAGGAUGGUAGCACAAGUGAUGGAAGUGAAUAUUCAGGAAGUGUCUCUGAGUCACAUAUUGAUCUUGAGGACGUUGCUCCUGACCAAAGCACCGGUUCUAGCUGCUAUGCACCCAAUGCUUCCAAGGCACAAGAUGUGCGAAAAGUUGAGGAAAUUCAUGCUCAAUUUUGUGGAGAAGAUAUUGAUGAGUGUCUAAAGUCAUUGGAACACAUUCUUUCUCAGCACAAUGAUGAAGCUCAGGUGCAAACUCCUUUGGCUUAUGUAGGUUCUGAUAUGGCAGAGGAAUUGUCUACUAACCGCAAGAAGCUUUCUUCCAUUCUUGCCCUGGAUUUCUCAUGCGUGCUGUCCUCAAAGUACCUGGAAGAGAUUAGUUAUUCCAUAGAGGAUCUCCCGACUGAUCCCAUCUUGACUGUGGAUCAACUGCGUAAGUUGAAGAUAGUCCAAGAAAUUUCCAAAGCCAGCGAGGUUUCUUUGCAUUGCAAGGGAAUUGCCGAGCAAGCUCACAAAUUUUUCGGAGCCAUAAAAGACCAUGUUUGUUCUAUCAAGAGAGAGGUCAGCAAGCUGAAGAAGGGAGCAGGAGAGUUGGAGUUGGAAUCUCAUGUAGAAUCCAACUCAUCUCUUGUGGAAGAGAUAGAUGAACAAAUUGCCCAACUUCAAUCUAGGAGAGCCGAAAUUGCUAAGCUCAAGUUGACGAAUAAGGAGAAAGAUCAGGUGGUUGCUCAGCAGAAAAUCUUGGCAAACUCUUUAUCAACUGUUGUGCAAGAGAUCCAGACUGCCAGUACUGAAAUCCCAAUAUGGGAAAUGAAGAAGAAAACUGCUGAAAAGGAAAUGUCUGAGAUUCUCGCCAGGUAUGCACAUCUCAAAGGCUUAUUCUUUGAGAAAUUGGGCUGA